UUCAACUUGAAUACAAAAACACAUUAAUUGAGACGCGCUAACUGUCGUUGAAAUGCAAAAUAAUUGCUCAUGAAGUUUAUCUGUUUGAUAUAAUUCCUGACCGGGUGGCAUGCAUGUUUAAUAGUCUAAAUCUUGACUUGUACUAUAUAUAGGCUUUUUCUGAGCUUUUUUACUAUCAAUCUUUAUAUAUAUGUCUCAUAUGACUCAUCAUUGUGGCAAUCAUCAAUGUGAAUUAAACAUUUGUUAACCCCAAAUAAUUGACUUUACUUUCUGGCUGAUUCAUCACUUUACUUUAAAAUAUUGUUGAUGCUCACAUUUCAUUGUCUGAAUAAUAAAGUCUUAAUCAAACUAGUUAUUCCUAAACAGUUUUAUGGAUUAAUUUAACAUAUUAAUGAAUAAAUUUACGGCUUCCUAGUAAAUGCGUUUAUAUGCAUUCUGAACUUGAAAGUCCAAAUACACGGGCAAUAUAUGUUCAUACUCUCAUUCUCUGAAUUAUUGAUAUUAUCUUUACUUCUCUUUUCCUUGUUAAUGUUAAGAUGGGCACUUCCUCUCAGUUUCUCUUCCUUUUACUCAUUGCCAUAUGGUUCAUAUCUUUAACAGCUUUUGGAGCGGAUACUAUUCACCCUGACGAAAAGAAAGCUCUUGAAGAUAUAGCUAAAUCACUUGGUAAGAAGGAUUGGAACUUUGAUGUUGAUCCCUGCAGCAACAAACCUAAUUGGGCUACACCAAAGCCUACCACUCACAGAGUGAGUCUUGUAGAGAAUAAUGUCACCUGCAACUGCAGUGUUGCUGGUGACAACUUCUGCCAUGUUGUUUCAAUAACUUUGAAGGGGCAAAAUCUCCCCGGCACUCUCCCACCAGAACUGACCAGGUUGCAUUACCUUCAAAUCAUUGACCUCUCUCGCAAUUACUUGAACGGUACAAUUCCUAAAGAAUGGGGCUCCAUGGUGAAUCUUCUUAACAUUACUCUCCCUGGAAAUCGAUUAACGGGGUCAAUACCAAAGGAGAUUGCAAAUAUAUCUACCCUGCUUCACUUGGAGUUAACGGCCAAUCAAAUGUCUGGGAAUAUUACUUCUGAGCUUGGGAAUCUAACCCAGAUUCAAACACUGCGAAUUUCCUCUAACAAUUUUUCGGGAGAACUACCUGCAACAUUGGCCAAGCUUACUACAUUGCAAAAUUUCCAUAUUUCAGACAACCAAUUCACAGGAAAGAUACCCGAUUUUAUUCAGAACUGGACUAAUAUCACUACGCUAAUCAUUCAAGGGAGUGGAUUAAGUGGGCCUAUUCCUUCCAAAAUUUCAAUUUUGAGAAACUUAACUGACUUGAGAAUUAGUGAUUUGAAUGAAUCUGAAUAUGCACCUUUGCCCCAACUAAAUAAUCUGACAUUGUUACAAAAACUGAUUCUGAGGAAUUGCAACAUCAAUGGAACUCUACCUGAAUAUCUUAAUGCUAUCACAUCAUUAAAAUACUUAGACUUCAGCUUUAACAAAUUCAGUGGAACAAUUCCGAGUACCUAUGCUGACAUAAAUGGCGUGAAAUUCAUAUUUUUAACUGGAAACCUUCUCACAGGACCGGUGCCUUCUUGGAAAAAGAACAUCGACGUAGAUCUUUCAUACAAUAACUUCAGCAUCACCCAAGAAAGUCAGAUAUGUCAAAGUGAUAAACUAAACUUGUUUUCUACCUCAUGGGCAAACAAUGACAUAGGAACAGUUUCGUGUUUGAGCGAAUGUCGCAAACCCUCAUACUCCCUUUAUAUAAAUUGUGGUGGAAAGCAAGAAAAAGUCAAUGGAGCAAGUUAUGAUGACGAUUCAGAUUCACCUGGACCAGCUAAACUCCAUGUCAGUCCAACAGGAAAAUGGGCAUUUAGCACCACUGGUUUGUUCAUUGAUGGUGAUCAACUUGGAGAAACUUAUUCCCCACCAGAUUUUACUCCACUUACUAUGGAAGAUGCUAAGUUGUACAUGAAUGCACGCGGUUCUCCCAUUUCUUUGACUUAUUAUGGGUUUUGUCUGAAAAAUGGAAGCUACACGGUAAAUCUUCAUUUUGCUGAAAUAAUGUUCACAGACGAUCAAACUUAUGGUAGUCUUGGAAGACGUGUAUUUGAUAUCUACCUUCAGGGAAAUCCAGUGCAAAAGGACUUCAAUAUUGCAAAAGAAGCGGGAGGAGUUGGUAAGAAAGUCAUAAAACAGUACAAAAAUGUUUCUGUUACUAGUAGUACCUUGGAGAUCCGUUUGUAUUGGGCUGGAAAAGGGACACAAUCUCUUCCAAAUAGAUCAGUAUUUGGUCCUCUUAUAUCGGCCAUAUCAAUGGAAUCUGACUCUCCACCUGGAGGCAUAUCUGCAGGAGUUGUGGUUGGAAUUGUGGUUGCAGCAACAGUUAUUAUCAUUCUAGUAUUUGGUAUACUUUGGUGGAAAGGAUGUUUUAAGAAGAAAGAAUCAUUAGCAAGAGAGCUGAAGAGUUUGGACGUUCAAACUGGUUUAUUUGCCUUAAGACAAAUCAAAGCAGCUACAAAUAACUUUGAUAUUUCCAAUAAGAUUGGAGAAGGAGGAUUUGGUCCCGUGUAUAAGGGAUGUUUACCCAAUGGGACAUUGAUAGCAGUAAAGCAACUUUCUUCUAAAUCAAAGCAAGGGAAUCGUGAGUUUUUAAAUGAGAUAGGCAUGAUUUCUGCUUUGCAACACCCUUAUCUUGUUAAACUCCAUGGUUGUUGUGUGGAGGGAGAUCAGUUGUUGCUGGUAUAUGAAUACCUGGAAAACAAUAGUCUAGCUCGUGCUUUAUUUGGUCCAGAGGAACACCAAAUUAAAUUAGAUUGGCCAACAAGGCAUAAGAUUUGUGUUGGUAUUGCUAGAGGUUUGGCAUACCUCCAUGAAGAAUCAAGAUUGAAGGUUGUUCACAGGGACAUCAAGGCCACUAAUGUAUUGCUUGAUACGAAUCUUGACCCAAAGAUAUCUGAUUUUGGUUUGGCCAAGCUUGAUGAGGAGGACAAUACUCACAUUAGUACUAGAAUUGCUGGGACCUAUGGAUAUAUGGCUCCUGAAUAUGCAAUGCAUGGUUAUUUGACGGACAAAGCAGAUGUUUAUAGUUUUGGAAUUGUUGCCUUGGAAAUUGUUAGUGGAAAGAGCAACACCAUGUAUCGAUCAAAGGAGGAAGCAUUCUAUCUUCUUGAUUGGGCACAUUUGUUGAAAGAGAGGGGUGACCUGACGGAGCUAGUUGAUAGAAGAUUAGGUUUAGAUUUCAACAAAAAGGAGGCUAUGGUGGUAAUCAAUGUGGCUCUCCUAUGCACCAAUGUCACUUCAAAUCUUAGGCCCGCGAUGUCAUCAGUUGUAAGUUUCCUUGAAGGAAGGAAUGUGGUUCCAGAGUUUGUUUCAGAUUCAAGUGAAGUAAUGGAUGAAAAGAAGUUGGAAGUAAUGAGGCAGUAUUACUACCAGAAGGAAGAAAAUAAUAUAAGUACUACCUCACAAAGUCAGAGUAUAUUAAAUGACGGGUCAUGGACUGCUACAUCUUCAUCAGCUGUAGACCUUUAUCCUGUCCACCUUGAUUCUUCCUAUUGGGAGGAAAGAAAUUAAGUGUGUUUCUUGCUAGAUAAAGAUAUAUUUGGCACAAGAUAUGCCAAGUAUUAGGAAGUCAAAUAAAAAUAUUGUCAGGUGAUCCAUUGAAUCUGAUCUCUGGGAAACCCUUACAACCCCAGCUACAGUCUAUUUUAGUGAGUUAACUCAAUUUUAAGAGGUUUAGUUUUAGGUUUGAACAAAAAAUCAGGACUCGAGUCUCGAGUGUUUUGAUGAGCUACCUUUCAUUCCAAAGUGUCAUAUUCAUCCACCAUCUAUUUUGUAGAAUGCAGACUGAACAUAGGAUUUUUAUGUUUAACAGCAUCAUCUAUGUUGGACAAAAGCAUGAAGAUACCAUGUAUAUCGUUAGCUUAAUAGCAUAUUCAUCAUAUAUUGUAAGGAUUUGACUCUCUAAGGAGAGCUUUAACUUGUAAGAUUCAAAUAUGCACACAGUUAGAGCCAUUUAAUUCAGUUAUAAUUUGUUUAUCUCUAAA